AUGAAUUCCAAGACCGCCAAAGAUAUAAUUAUUGGCAAGUGGGGAUUAAAGUCGAGCAGUUCUAGACCCGAGAACGAUCCCGAGAAACGCAAACAGGAGAGUGCAGCCCUGAGGAAAUUGAUGGAGGAAGCCGUGACGGGGAAAGGCAAAAUGACCGAUGCGGAGAGGAACGGGCUCCUCGAGAAAAUACUUUCCCUUGAAAAAGAAAAAGAAAAACGCAACCAUCUUCUUGGAGAGAAGGACAAAGAAAUCCAAAACCUGAAAGACAAGCUUAGAUCCAAAACAAAGAAUAGUGAAGUCUCCUCAUUACGAAGUCAACUAGAGGAAAAAACAAAGGAAGCGCAAAGGAGAGAACAGUUACUUCGUUCUCUGUCAGAAGAAAUUAACCUGUUAAAGUGUAACUUAGCCACUGUUACUGCAAAAUGUUCUGAGCUUGAAAUCAAAGCUGGUACUUCUCAGGCAUCCCAGGAAGCUGUGACAAACAGCACUGGAUCACCAACUCCUCUUCAUGAAGUUGAAAAACAACUGAAAGAUGCUCUUGAGAAAAACCAACAGUGGCUACUGUACGACCAGCAACGUGAAGCAUAUGUCAGGGGACUGCUUGGAAGGAUCUUUGAACUUGAACACAAGUCAGAAGGAGUUAGCCAGCAAGAAUCUAAAGAACUCAAUUCAGAAGGUCAUCUACAAGAGGAAAAGCAAAAAUACUACGACCAGCUGUUACUGACUGCGAAGAGGGAUCUUGAGACUGAAAGACACAUUAUAACCCAGCUGAAAUCUGAACUAAACGAAUUUAAAAAGAAGUAUGAAGAAACACAAGGAGAACUAAUAAGUUUAAAUGCCUUGUUGCAGUCACAGCAGGUUGGUGAAAUGAAGACUCUAGAAAAUGAAAAUAAAAUUAAAGGAGAGAAAGUGGAGAGACUAAAACAAGAAAAUGAAACUAUUAGAGGGCAGCUCAGAGAAGAAAAGAAAAAGUCUGAAGAUCUCUUAUGUCAGGUGCAACUUCUUCGUAAAUCACUGCUCAAACAGCAGGAGGAACACACCAGGACAGCUUUGUUGGAACAACAGAUCCAGAUGUGCACCAGAGACCUUGAGAAUGAAAAGCUUGAUCGCCAGAACCUGCAGUAUCAGUUAAACAAAGUUCUCAAGGAACUGCGCAAGGCCAGGGAGCAAAUAACCCGUCUGGAACCUCUGAAACUCCAGGAGUCUGCACAUAUGGAACCACAGGAAGAUUUGCAAGCAGCAUUUGAAGAGAAGCUGACCACGUAUGACAGAAGUCCUUCCCUGAAACAGUCAAGCCUUCUUGAUGAAAGUUUUCUGGAGUGUCCUAAAUGUAAAAUGCAGUAUCCAACAAGCCAGCAUAGAGAAUUACUGGCGCACAUUGACUUUUGUACAGCUUGA